AUGCUGGUCGAACAUACGUCUGCCACGCACGCAGGGCCCAAUGAGAAAAACUACGAUCAGCUGUCGAUUGACGCAGAUCACUCUGAAAUUGUCAAAUUUGAUAAUCCUUCGAACCCAUACUAUGUAGUGGUUGCAGAGAGGGUUCGCAAGCUGGUAGCUCUCGGUCCGGAAAUCAUUGCAAACCGCCUGGCAGAGCACCGAAGGCGUUUAUCGGAGAAGGAGAGAGAAUACAUCCGAUUACUUCAAGCUCUAGACUACGCCGCCUUUCGCAAGUACAAGAUCGCUGAUCCCGCGCCAAACACGCUCGGCUGGUUCUUGGAAAAGCCCGAGUUUGCGUCCUGGAAGCAGAGCGAGGCAUCGUCGCUUCUCUGGAUUCAGGGCUCUGCCGGCCAGGGCAAGACCAUCCUCGCCAAGUUUCUUCUCGACCACCUCGAGACCGCGUUCGCCAAAGCCAACGGCACCACCGUCAUCUACUUCUUCUUCUACGAGCAGGACGGUUCUCUGCGGACCAUCGGAUCAGCACUGCGAGCUCUCAUACGCCAACUGCUAUCCGCGAGAGAUGUAGAGACCUUUCGUACCACCUCGGAAAAGGUCGAUCUUGACGGCUCACAAAUCAACGAGGUAUUCUGCGUCAUCGACGGCCUCGACGAAUUUCCGGACAUCAGCCAGCGGGAAGAUCUCAUUAAGUUCCUCCGGAGGCUGACAGCAUCAUCGGGGGCCAAGUCGCCGCCGUCGCCUAUCCUAAAGACUCUAAUGGUUAGCAGACCCACCGUAGACCUUGACCGCCAGCUCCAGAAGUGUACGACCAUCGGCCUCGCCGCCAAUCCCCACGAUCUGCAGGCUUUCGUCCACCACGAGCUUGCUUUUCUCCGCGAUCAGCGAGAUGACGAGCAACAUACUACGGCGGUCGACAUGCUGAUCGGCCGCUCCGGACAGACCUUCUUAUGGAUCUCGUUGGUGGUCAGGCGACUCAAAGCGGCAGCCAUGCUGACCACGGCCGAGAUCGGGGUCAUCAUAUCCGAGAGCCCCUCCCAACUCGGCAAGUUCUAUGACAGCAUCGUCACGGAUAUAAUGCAGCAAGACGGGAACAUUCCCAAGAAGCUCUUGCUCUGGGCCGUCUACUGGCAGCGACCGCUCACCCUCGUCGAGCUGGAAGAGGCCAUCUCGGUCCAGCACGAAUCGGCAUCCAUAGAGUCCACCCUCGAGCACCGCCUCCCCCUCCGCAAGAAUAGGAACAGCCUCUCGGGUGCCAUCGGCGUCAUCGUUAAUAUCAGCGACGACAAUCAAGUCCACCUGGCUCACCAGUCGGUGAAGGAGUUUCUGGUGAGCAGUAGCCAUCUGGCCAGCGCCGAGUUCUGCCGCGGCCUGCAGCCUAAUCUCUACCUGGCUAAGGUCUGCAUGCUCUUUCUCUGUUUUCCUGACUCGGAGGCGGACCCGGCUAACGACGGACGCCUGGGGUUCCUCCGGUACGCCGCGUGGAACUGGCACCGCCACAUCGAGAGCGACCCGGAUAGCGGCAUCGGCAGCCUCGGCGAGCUCAUCGCCCGCGUCACGGCGCCCAGAUCGCAGGUCCUACGCCGCUGGGCGAGGGUGGCCGGCCUCCUGGCCGGUCUCGAAAAUGCUAAGGGGCCCUGGGACAUCGCGAUGGCGGCCAAUAUCGAUUGGCUGUGCAAAUCCAAGAUUGACGUCCCCGACAAGGGCGUUGACGUUGCCCAGGUGGUUGAUGCCGCGGGGAGGGGGCCGCAGGGCUAUGCGCUCUUGCUCACCCUCGUACGGCGCGCCAGCGUUAUCUUCACGGACGACGCCGUCUGCGAGAUGGUCCGGCGUUUCGACCAGCCUAUGGUGCGCUAUUAUUACGACUCCCAUUGGGACCUGCCAAAGACGCAAGCGCUAUACCUCGCCGCGUUGGAUAAUAAAGAGCCCGUUCCCAUACUUCGUUACCUCUUAGAGAUGUCGAAGGGAAAUGAAGACCGCAAACUGACUAGGCUAGUGGUUGACGCGAGCUUUUCAAGUUCCCUAAUACGCUACUACAACGACCCGCGCUUAUACCGCAACAACCCUGAUUUCGAAUAUAUACUACCUGAUUUCGAAUAUAUGGUUGAAGUGCAGCAGAGCGCCUCUGAUAAACUAUCUGAAGUGCUACGAGUUCUUGUGCGGAGCGAGGCUGUCGAGUUCGAUCCCGAAGCAGAAGAACACGGAGGAAUGGUGAUGCUGUAUUAUGGCGAGAAGAGCCCGGAAAUGGAGCGGUGGAAGAAAACGCUCAACAACCGUUGCGUUUUGUGGCUCCUGCUUGUUACUGGAAUUGGGAACAAGAUUUCCGUUUCGGACCGAGUGUUUCAGGAGGCCAAUUCGAGACAAUCCGCGGGAGUGGCGAAUGUACUGCGUCAAAUUCAGGUGGAAGACACGGAAACUGAGUACCGGCAUCUUUCUAACCUGUUGGAGCCGCCGCUUUCGAGUUGGAAACGCGAGGUCCUGCAAGAUGCCAACACCAUAUCUUCUCGAACGGGUGACCGCGACAUUCGCUUGACCGACGAGUUCGGCAUCCGGGCUGCGCUAUACAAGGAAGUCGAAGUGCUGGCUAUAGUCUUCGAGCACUGGCCAGACGCCUUGCGUAUCACAAAGGAUUUCCUCAGGGCGGCGGUCGCCACUUACUGUCUCAACCAGUUUCCCCCGAAUCCCUGGAGGACGCCGCCCACAGCAGACGACAAGGAUAAUGAUUAUACCGAGAACGACCGCGCCGCCUCCGAGGAGUGGGCGCUCCAGCUCAUGAACCUUUUAUUAAGAAGCAGGCGCUGUGACGUCGAGUCGGCCAUCUGCGAUGAAGUUUGUCUUACGGACGCCUCGUCCGGCAAUCGGAGAAUCUUGAGACCACUGUACGAGGAAGAGCGCCUUGUCUCCUUGAAGACCGAGUGGAGCUUAACCGCGGACCUUCGCCGCACUGUCGUUUCUGGAUACAAUGCUGAGAGUCUAGAGCCUUUACUGCAACACCAGACCCUGCUGGAUACAGCAGAUUACUGGGGAUCAUCGCCUCUGAUGAUGGCCGUUCGUCACAGGAAAACAGAAAUGGUCCGUAUGUUAUUGGAGUCUGGCGCCGUGGACGUCAAUAAGGCGAACAAGCAGGGACGAACACCACUAUUCUGUGCGUGCAACAAUCAUUUCGACUAUGAAGUAGCUUCUGCAAAGCUGUCUAUCGUCAUCAUGCUGCUACGAGCUGGGGCGCAGCCCGAUAUUGUCGACAAUCAUGGGAAUACUCUGCUAGGCUGGGCACGCAAGCAAAAGGUUUUUCAGAUGGAAGGGAUCAUUAAAGAGGUUAAAGAGGCGCAGAAGCAGGGUCUGGAGCUUGAAGCGCUUUUUGACAAGAUGCUAGACAGAGCGAAGGGAUAUAACGGGGAUGAUUCAUCAUUGUGGGACUCAAUGAUUGAGAGACCCCAGCCUACUACACCGUCACUCGACGAAAGCAACGACAAUCAUAAGAUUGAGAACGGGGCUACACUGUCAGAUGUCCAGACAGAGGAUGAGCACCUUAGGAAGGUUUCGGACAGCUAUGAAAGAGAGAUGAGGGCCCUGCUGGAUUUUAGAGGAGUCGAACAUUUGUCCGACCAAGGGGAGUCAAAGCAGUCAAUUGUGGUCGGCUUUACAUCGGGACAUCUCAUUCGGAGCACGCUCUAA